CAUAUAUAUUUGAAUGGUAGCUAAAAAAUCUCUUUCAGAAAAAAAAAAAAAGCCUGGAUCUUUUCUUAUCUUAAUCCAAUUCACACGCCAUCAUAGAAGGAAGAAACUAUUGAAACUGUAUUAUUAAAAUUUCUUCUUUUCGAAUCAAAUCUGGAUUUUAUGUACAUAUAUACAUGUAUAUAAUACAUAAUAUAACCAUAAUCAAAAGUUGUAUUACAUAAAUAAUCCUUUAUGGGCUAAUUUGUUUUGCCCAUUUUCAUCUUCUUGAAAUCAAAUUUCAAGAUAAAUUUAUAAACGUGAUCGUUGUUUCUUGUUUUGAUUUUGAUUUUUCGUUCUUUUGCUAAAGAGUGGAAUCAAAAUCAAAGACGUUUGUUAAGUUGUCAUCAUAACAAUAACUAUUUUUUCGGGAUUUCGCUCAUCAGUUUCUUGUUUGAUCUGUCGUUGUUAGGACAUCACAAUAUUGAAUCUUUUUUUAAUUUUUACACAUGUGACAUGCAUUGUCUGCUUUAUGAUAUAAUCGUAGCAUUUCUUUUGCCAAGUACUCUGUCUUCUGGUCACAUUGUGUUCAUUUUGAGCUAAAAUCAUCAGCAAAGUUACAAUCUGUAGCAAAUUUUUGUCCAAGAUUCCGAAAAGGGUGUUCACCAAAAGGAUCAAUGGCGCGGUUAUUUAGCUGGUGGGGUGGUAAAGAGAUUCAAAGGGGUACACCUGUGGUUGUGAAAAUGGAGAAUCCAAAUAACUGGUCCAUGGUUGAGCUAGAAAGUCCAUCACAGGAUGAAUUCUUGUUAACGAAAAACAAUGAUUCAUUGCCUCAUUACAAAGGUGAAAAGAUGAAAAACAAGAACGCGAAGCAACUUACAUGGGUUCUGCUACUCAAGGCACACAAAGCAGCCGGUUGUUUAACUUCCAUUGCCUCAGCAUUGUUUAGUUUUGGUUCUGUUAUCCGCCAUCGUAUUGCCACUGGAAAAAGAGAUUCUUCCAUGGCCAAUAGCCGGUUCUAUACUUGUAUAAAGGUCAUUGUCUGGUUGUCGUUAAUUUUGCUAGGUUUUGAAAUAGCCGCGUACUAUAAAGGUUGGCAUUUUAGUACUACGGAUCUUCAUAUUCAACGUUUGUACACACUGGCAAAUCCAUUAGCUGUGAAGGGUGUUUUUGAUUUGGUUUAUUCCAUAUGGGUUUUGAUUAGGGUGGAAUAUCUUGCUCCUGUUCUUCAAUUAUUGGCCAAUGUAUGCAUUGUCCUCUUCUUUAUCCAGAGUCUGGAUAGAUUAAUCUUGUGUUUGGGUUGUUUUUGGAUCCGGAUAAGGAAGAUUAAGCCCAUUUUGAAAGAGGGUCCAGAGGAUCUUGAGGCUGGUGAUGGUGGUUACUAUCCCAUGGUUCUUGUUCAGAUUCCCAUGUGUAAUGAAAAAGAGGUUUAUCAGCAAGCCAUUGCAUCUAUGUGCAGUUUGGAGUGGCCUAAGUCAAAAUUGUUGAUUCAAAUUCUUGAUGAUUCUGAUGAUUCCACAACUCAGAUGUUAAUCAAAGAAGAGGUACAAAAAUGGCAGAGGGAUGGUGUAAACAUUAUAUAUCGUCAUAGAGUGAUUAGAGAGGGUUACAAAGCUGGCAAUCUUAAGUCAGCCAUGAAUUGCAGCUACGUCAAAGACUACGAAUUUGUUGCCAUUUUCGAUGCUGAUUUUCAACCAUCACCUGAGUUUCUUAAGAGAACUGUUCCUUACUUCAAGGAUAAUGAGGAUGUAGGGUUGGUUCAAGCAAGGUGGUCCUUCGUGAACAAGGAAGAAAAUCUUCUGACAAGACUGCAGCACAUCAAUUUGGCCUUCCAUUUUGAAGUCGAACAGCAGGUGAACGGAAUUUUUCUAAAUUUCUUCGGAUUUAAUGGAACUGCUGGAGUAUGGCGGAUUAAGGCAUUGGAAGGUUCGGGUGGUUGGUUGGAGAGAACAACUGUUGAAGAUAUGGACAUUGCUGUUCGGGCACAUCUCCAUGGAUGGAAAUUCAUCUUUCUUAAUGAUGUCAAGUGCCAGUGUGAAGUGCCGGAAUCAUAUGAAGCAUACCGGAAGCAACAACAUAGAUGGCAUUCGGGUCCAAUGCAGUUGUUCCGUCUCUGUUUUCCUGCCAUCAUUGAAUCAAAUAUAAGCAUUUGGAAGAAAGGCAACUUAAUAUUUCUUUUUUUCCUUCUAAGGAAACUGAUACUUCCAUUUUACUCUUUCACUCUGUUUUGUAUUAUCCUCCCCAUGACCAUGUUCAUUCCCGAGGCUACAUUCCCUACGUGGGUUGUGUGUUACAUCCCCGCCGCCAUGUCAUUUCUCAAUAUACUUCCGUCCCCUAGAUCUUUCCCUUUCAUCGUGCCAUAUCUUCUAUUCGAGAACACUAUGUCUGUGACAAAGUUCAAUGCCAUGAUAUCAGGCCUCUUCCAACUCGGAAGCUCUUAUGAAUGGAUUGUAACCAAGAAAUCAGGACGGUCUUCCGAGGGUGACCUUUCCUUGUUGAUUGAUGAAAAACCAAAACAUCAAAGAGGUACUUCGGAGCCUAAUUUGGGAGACUUGAAGGAGGAAAUCAAGCAGAAAGCACGAAAAUCUUCACGGAAAAAGAAGCAUAACAGGAUCUAUACAAAAGAAUUGGUUUUGGCUUUCUUGCUUUUGACAGCAUCAGUUAGGACCCUCCUAUCAGCUCAAGGAAUCCACUUUUACUUCUUACUGUUUCAAGGGAUAUCAUUCCUACUCGUUGGGCUAGAUUUGAUCGGUGAACAGGUUGACUAGUCUAAUACGGAUAGACUUCAUGGGGUUAUACUAUUUCAACUGAACUGUCGAAUCGAAGACAGGGUGUUGAGCCUGGCAUUGGUGCGAUAUGUAAAUUGGAGAAGCUGGGGGAAGUUCUGGAGAGACGAUGGCACUAUUGCCUCUUCUCCGGAUGUUAAGCCCCCCAAAACACCAAGUACUCAAGAAGAAGAUCAAGUUGUGGUGGAGCAAACGAUACAAAAACACGCAAUAUAUUUGAAUACAGAAAACCAUCAAGAAUGGUGAUACAUAUUUAUUCAUCAAUACAGUUAAGGCCUUUCCCCCCUUUAUGUCCUGUAAUUUAUUUACAUUUUGGAUUCUUUUAUUCUAUUCAGUACAUUGUUUUGUAAGAAGAUUUUGUUGUAGAAAGUUAAAUACGAGACAUAGAUAAAGUUGAA